AUGACAUACGUUAGAACACUUGACGGACAAGAAACAAAGAGAAAUAUCUAUGGUACUAGCACAUCGCAAAUCAAUCCCAACUAUUCGAGCUCGGACUUGUCAAAUGUAAACUAUGGGACCAAGGGACCUAAUUACAAGUUCCAGAAGCCAGGGCUGUUGGGGCUUUCUAAUAGUUUCGCUCCAUUCCAGUUGCCUCCUACGCCUCCGUUUUCGAACUCGAGUACACCUGUGAAGGAGGCUGACUCGUUUGUAUUUAUUAGUCAAGAUACGAAGCAGAAAUGGUAUUUCAAGUGGCUUCCACCCAUGGAUCCUAAGAUUGUAGGCCUAUGCUUGUGCUGGUAUUUUUGCUCGAUUAUAUCUAACAAUUCUACAAAGUCAAUAUUGAGAGAGUUUCGCUAUCCCAUCACGCUUGCACAGUGUCAGUUUUUGUUGAAUUCGGCAUUCUGCAUUAUUUUGUUCGCAUGUCUCUUGUAUUUGAAGAAUAAAGGGGGUCAGGACAAAAUCAACAAGUACUUUCCGGUGGGGUCAAUUCCAAAUAUGCAUGAGGUGAGCAGCAUCAAAACACUUAUCACCCCAACACCAUUGAUCAUCUCGACCACGUUAUCCAUGGGAAUAUUCCAGUUCGUGGGACAUAUCACAUCACACAAGGCCACAUCAAUUAUACCUGUCUCAAUGGUACAUACUAUCAAGGCGUUGUCACCGUUAACCACUGUGUUGAUUAACCGUUUUGUAUUUCGGACAAAAUAUAAAAUUGUCACGUAUAUUUCAAUGGUUCCAUUGAUAUUUGGGAUCAUGCUAAGCUGCUAUAAUCCAAAACAUUUAAAAAACGAACAGUUAUAUUACAAAACUGGGAUUACUUAUGCAUUUAUUUCAAUGUUAAUAUUCGUUAUUCAGAAUAUUUCAGCCAAAAAAAGUUUGACAUUUACGGAAAAAUCGACUGAUUUACCGAUGUCAAAAGUCAAGGAUAACAAAAAGGUGGAUAAAUUAACUAUUUUAUUAUUCUGCUCUAUCGUCGGAUUUGCAUUUACGUUACCAUUCUACUUGUACCUGGAAUGUGUAAACCCUCGUGUUUCAGUCACUGAAUUGACUUCAUAUACCCUCUCAUUGAUAAUACUUAAUGGUUUGUCCCAUUUCUUACAAUCAUUGCUUGCAUUUCAAAUACUAGGAUCGAUAUCUCCUAUCAAUUAUUCCAUUGCUAACAUUAUGAAGAAAUUGCUAUUAUUUUGGUCUCAUUUCUUUGGGAAAAACAGACUAUUUCGUCUAACCAAAGCUAUGGAUUGGUAUUUACCAUUAUAG